AUGACUUCGCAAGCCGAAUUAGAGGAAAUGAGUGUUUUAUGUGUUGGCCGCAGAACGAGUGGAGGCUCCACCGUACAACACUUGAGGCGUGCAGUGAGCGACGAGCAUGGAGAAAGGUUCCACCAGGACAUACUAACAGUGGAGCAACGAUACCAAGGCAGAUGGAAUCCGACAUUGAUGGGAGAUUACUGUUGGUUUCUUGUGAGGGAAAGCGACCAGGACUAUAAGCAAAACAAUCGAGGCGGGGCAGGAGGGCAAGCUGCUCCUGUUCGGAACCGUCGUGAUGAUCAGCUUGCAACAGAUGACGACCCAGCACCGAAUAAUGGACUAGAACCCGCUAGAAGUGUUUUGCAGGACAUACGCCCUACAACCACCCUAGCAGGUAAAGCACGACAGAGGAUGAAAUGGACCGACGAAAUUAACAAAAACCUACUCCUCUGUUACUUCACCGUUACUAAUCUCCAACAAAAUACAACAGGAUAUAGAAGUCAGUUAUAUGAGGCCUUUAUGAACAUCUAUCCAGAACUUAGGGAAAUGAUCACAGAACAAAGACUAUCAGACCAAAUUCGAGUCAUAAUACAAAACAACAGAAUAUCUCCAACAGAAAGAGAAACUAUAAGAAGACAAGCGGCCGAAGCCAUACAAAAUGAAGACGAACCACAAGCACAACAAUCAGCUUCACCUACAUCACACCCACAAACAAUCACACCAGAAACACCCGAAACACAUACCAUGCUGACUAACACCCAAAGUUCAUCAGCAGAGUCGUCGAUAAGACACACCCAACACGAAACAUUAAUCCCGCCAACAGACACAUGCAAACCAUCUAAUCAAAUUGAUAAAACAUUUAAUGAACUAUACGCCCAAUACCAGGGAGCAAACCCAUCAUCCAGACCUUUCAUUACCAGACCACAAAACACACAAAAUAUCAAAAACACCAUUGCAAUAAUUAAUAAGAUCAUAGGAAAAAGGAUUGAGGAAUCAAACAGCUGCCUAGACAUUGAAGAAAUUCUCACGCUCGUAUACUGUGGAGCAGCAACAACUAUGCGAACCCACGAACAGAAGAAUAAAAACAACGACUUAACUAAAACUAAAGCAGCAAUACCCCCAUGGCAGCAUCGGCUCCAGAAAAAGAUAGCCACACUGAGGAAAGAAAUUGGAGUCAUCACACAACAUUUGAAAGGAAACCUAAAAAAGAGACCCCCGCAAAACAUAUUACCAGAUAUUAGCUCAGAAGAAUCAGUAGUAGAAAUAUUAGAUACUAAAAAACAACAACUACAGGCACAAGCAAAAAGACUAAAACGAUACAAGAAGAGCCACCAAAGAAAACAAGAAAAACAAACUUUAACACUAAAUGAAAAGGUUCUACAGAUCUCUAGAAACAACGGAACAGCAAAUAAACAAUCCACCAUCAAUUACAGAAGUAAAAACUUCUGGGAAAAUAUCUGGUCACAAGCAGUAGAACACAACAGAGAAGCUCAAUGGAUAACAGAAGAAGAAAACAAGCAGAUAAAUACAACAGCCAUGCCAAAUGUAACAAUCACCUUAGAAGACAUCAAAGCUGCCAUAUCCAAGACAAACAACUGGAAAGCACCUGGAGACGACAAAAUACAAAACUACUGGCUAAAAUCAUUCACAAGCAUCCACAAACCACUAACGAAUAUAUUUCAAAAUUUUGUACAAGGAACGGAAGCCAUUCCCUCUUUUUUAACUCAGGGAGUUACCUACCUUAAACCCAAAGGCACGGACACUGCAAACCCAUCUAAGUACCGCCCUAUAACAUGUUUAUCAACAACCUAUAAAUUACUAACGGCAAUAAUAACAACAAAGAUCAACACUCACCUGCAGAAUAAUAAUCAUAUCAGAAGAGCAGAAAGGAUGCUGUCAGGGAUCUAG